CUACUUGAAAGAUCGCGCGCGCGGGGCGGGGGUGCAGCCGACGCACGUGCGCGGAAUAAGCAAGGCAAGUUCGCAGUUCUCUUGUCAAAUCGAUCGCAGCUCGGGAGGAGUGUGCGAGGCGCAGUUAUCAUCGCAGACUUCCUCAUCACUCACAGUCCCAGCGGUUCCGCAGGAAGACAGCUGUUAAUAACCUAACAAGCAUGCCUGGAACAUUAUAAGGCCAUUAGUCUACUAACCCCCAUAUGGAUUUACGCACUUCUUUUCUGAGAUUCAACCGCUGACGGUGCUUUUUCUUUUCCGUCCUCUCUCAUUCAUCCCGUCGGGGAUGUUUGGAGAAGAGAUUCGCAAAAUAAUGGGCAAAUUCGGUUUGUGAACUCUCCGUGUGAUGGACAGGCGGCUAUUGAGUUCGAGCUUUGGCUGGAGUGAGUAGAAAGUAAGCUCGUUUAAAACAAACAUCAGUCUUCAGGACUCCUGUCACAUUUGAAGCAAGGAGAAUGCCCUCGCUUUCAUAAACUGAGGAUCUGAACAUUGUUUGAGGAAGCAAGUGAAGACAGGAGGACAAAGGAGGAGACAUGGCUGGCUCACUGGGAAGAGAGUGAUCAGAGAACACAGGAAAGAAAGAUGCAGUUGUGGGGGCGGUCAGUGUGGCCGUUGCAGGUUAUACUCUUGGUCACCUUGGUAAUGUGCUCAUGCCAGACGGCUUCUGCAGGUACACGGAGUCUGCGGGGACACACAGCUUCGUACCAGGUGAAGCAGGGAACCUGUGAGGUGGUGGCCAUCCACCGGUGCUGUAAUAAGAACAAGAUUGAGGAACGUUCACAGACCGUCAAGUGCUCCUGUUUCCCAGGUCAGGUGGCCGGCACGACUCGUGCGCAGCCAUCUUGUGUGGAGGCUUCCAUCGUGCUGCAGAAGUGGUGGUGCCAAAUGCACCCAUGUUUGGACGGCGAGGAGUGUAAAGUUCUUCCAGACCUGACUGGCUGGUCUUGCAGCACCGGAAACAAAGUCAAAACCACCAAGGUCACACGAUAGCAAGAACAUGGCUGCCUUACCAAGUGGCGAAAUCUCCUCACCAACCCCUAAUGGAAAAGGAGACCCUUUUGUUUAAGACACUGACAUUACGGAGGAUUCUGUACAGGCAAAAGAUGGACAAACAUAUUGUAGACUAUAGAUGGCUGCCUUGUCUUGACAGAAGAUAUAAGGAUGGACAAGGAUCUCUAUAUAAACCUGAGGUUCGAUUGAAGAUGCUGGACACACAGGUGCUCAUGUGAGAGACUGAAUCCAUCAGCUGAAAGUGAAUUUCUGGAUUUCCUUCGGCUGUCUUGUGUGUAUGUGUGUGCAUGUGUGAGAGAGAUUAUAGUAUAUGACACUUGAAGGACAAACUGUGGACGGUUCAGACCUGGCUGGGAGCUUGUGUGUCCGUGAGUAAGUGUGUGUUAGUCAGGUUGAUGACGAUGAGACAGUAGUUUAACACUGUUUAUCCGCUUUGCAGCACACAGCAAACUUUAUAUUCAUGAGUAGGGUGGGGAUUGCUCUGAAUGUGUGAUUCACAAGUUUCUGUCAAUUUGCUCCUUUGGGUCAAGUCAUUACCCUGAAAAUGUUUCCUUUAAGUCAUUUUGCACUUCUGAUUAGGGUUGCUGAAGAAGAUCAUAACAACAAAUUAAAAAUUCAUGGGCGAUUUUUUUUUUUUUUUUUUUUUUUUUGCACUAGAUAAGAUUAUAUGGAGACAUUUUCCAUUUUCUAGUCUUUUACUGUUGGUGUAAGAUGGAAUUCAAGAGAGAAACAUUUAUAAAGCUUCCUUCCACAAAUGCAAAGUAGAAAUGCAAGUGAUGUAGUCAUCAGUAAAACAUUGGUAAACUACAGUAAAAAUACAGCUCUUCCUUGCUGUAAAAUGUUACGUAAUGUGAGCUUUACAGAUGCAAUUCCCUUCAAAAAACUUUUAAAACUGACAGCUGGCUAAAAACAUCUAUGUUACUCUGUAAAAAGAUCUACAAACCACUUAAAAGUGCACUAAGUUUUUUUAUACUAGAUUUAACAUCUAACUUAAAGGGUUAGUUCACCCAAAAAUGAAAAUUCUGUCAUUUAUUACUCACCCUCAUGUCGUUCCACACCCGUAAGACCUUUGUUCAUCU